UUGUUGUCAUCCACCCGGUCUUGUAACAGCGCUGCACAGGUCAUCUUGACAGGUCCAUCACUUUCUGAGCAGCUUAUUUUGUUUGUUUAUAUUUCUUUGUUUUGCGCUUUUGACUUAGCACAAUGAGCAGGUUUAAAUAAGUCAAUACGGAAGUUAUAACGUGUCCGUUAAGCUAGUAACAUGUCCCAAGAGAGCAUCUUUGUGGACUCGGCAGCAGAAGGACAGUUAAACAGCGUUGUCAAGGAGAAACAGAGCAGGAGUCGGCUUGGUCUGGUGGUCACCGGGGUGCUGGGAGGGACCCUGGUCGCCCUGUACGCGGUGGCGACUCCGUUUGUGGCUCCUGCUCUGAGGAAAGUCUGCCUCCCGUUCGUCCCGGCCACCACAGCUCAGCUGGAGAAUGUGUUCAAGGUGCUGAGAGCCAGAUCAGGGACCCUGGUGGACAUUGGGAGUGGAGAUGGAAGGAUAGUGAUAGCAGCAGCCAAGCAUGGGUUUCAGGCUUCAGGCUUUGAGCUGAACCCCUGGCUGGUGUGGUAUUCUCGCUACAAGGCCUUGAGAGAGGGAGUCCACCGCUCCGCCUCCUUCCACAUCUCCGACUUGUGGAAGGUCAGUUUUUCUCAGUACUCCAAUGUUGUCAUAUUCGGAGUCCCUCAAAUGAUGGACCAGCUGGAGCUGAAGCUGGCAAGCGAGCUGCCGAGUACAGCUAAGGUGGUGGCCUGCCGCUUCCCCUUCCCUACGUGGGUCCCUGAACGCACCGCCGGGGAGGGCAUAGACACUGUGUGGGUGUAUGAUGCCAUGACUUUUAAAUCACACCUGCAACAGGGACUGCCAAGGACGACAACAGACCAUGAGGACACACCAGCUUCACACACAUAAAUAUCAACACUGAUAUUGUGCUACCUUGACUCCAAAAAUGUGUUUUUCUCAUUAUUUUUUUUUUUCUUAUGACUUGUACCUGAGCAAAGCUUGUCACUAGAGAGGUGUUUUCACAUUCAUCUACUAAAGGGGGAGAUGUCUGUGCACUUCCCGACAGUCUGAAAUUCAAAUGUACAUGUCUACCUCGAAAAGCCAUUAAAAAGCUGUAAAAGAAGCCUGAAACCUCCAGCGCACAUCAGACUAAACACACUUAA